AGAUUCUUCUUCUUCGCCAUGGCCCCGUCCCCUUCCGCCUCCGCCGCCGACCAAGAUUCCCCCUCCGCCGCCGACGGCAAAAUCCUUACAUCUACCGCGGCCGCAGAGAGCAGCAGCAGAGGGGAUCAGGACGACGACGAUGAGCGGUGGCUCGCGGCCCUCUCCGAACCGGAGCUCCUUGAAGAAGCUGGCCGCUACGCGGGCCAAGACCGCCGGCCAUCCCCACCUCGCCGACCAAUUCGAUCUGCGGACAUUGCGGGCUCUCGGGGUUGUUUUACUGGGAAGUUUAAAAGAACGACUAAAAGAAACCAUGGUGGAUCCAAACAUUCUCGAUAGGCUUACACUAUCAAGAGAUACUGAUGCGGAAUUCAGCGUCGGUGGUAGUGGUUUGGAGGUGUUCAGGCCCAGCAAAGAUCAGCCAUCACAAAAUGGUGUCGAGAAAAAACGAAAGCAGAUGCAGGAUGAGUGCCAUGAAGGGCUGUCCAAAGUAAUAAGAAAAGGAAAAUGAGCAAGAAGAUAUCAGCAAGCAUAGAUUGCCACGAUUUUCUCACUUCUGGUGAUCAUUUGCAAACACCCUGAGGCUGCUAAUGAGGAAGAUCACUGAAGCUGCUGCUGCUGGUGUAGAUUUUGCGAAGCCUUUAGUUGUUGCGGUCUACCUUUCCGGCUUCUUGGUCCUGACUCCUGAGUAACAAGCAGUGAAGAACUCAACUAGAUAGGAUCCCCUUGUAUUAGGCAAAAGUUUAUUCAAGGGAUGCAACCAAGUUCUACACCAUGUGGACCAUUACUGGAGUAAUCCGGGGCUCCACCUCUCAGAUGACCAACUUCUUGGAGGACUGUGCUGAGCCGUCGCAAGGACUCAUCGCCUGCAUAGGGUAUUCUUUGCAGGAGAAUACAAACAUAUUUGUCCCUGGUGAUCCAUUGAAAUGUACCAGGAUCAUAUGAGGAUUAAUUAUACAUCUGACCCAUUUCAUUUUGUUUUCUGGUCCACUCGUGGAUUAGCUUUAGGAGGCUCAAUUGUAAAAAAAGAAGCAAAAUUGUGGCUUAUUGACUGACUAGUUACCGUGCACGUACCAUUCGUUUGUCUGGAUGAGAGAUCUGUUUGUUUCUUGGCACAUACUUGAUGACUACUUACUGUC